GUAGACAGGAAGGAUUCGCACAAAGGAGGCUAGUAGAUUGGUUGGAUGGGUGAGCAAAUGCACUUUGACUGAAGGAAGAUAAUCCCCUGAUUCGAUUGUGUGCUAACUCGGGAAGUCUGGCAGCACUCUAAAUUGUUCUAUUGUUUGGUUUAAAAUUCAUCCGGAUUGUUGUAAAAUAGCAAUUAAAAAGAGCAAUGCUGGGUGCCCAGUUCUGGAUAGGGUCAACAGGGGAGGAAAUUAAAAAUGUUAUGCAAGCAAUCUGGAGACGCUGCGGUUAAUUAUCUUGUCUCUCAAUAAACUGCAAAAAGGAGCGGAGGUAUUUAAGCAGCAGGAAACAGAGGCAGUGGUUAGUGAAAGCCAGCAGUCUAAAAGGAGUCUUAUUUUUCACUAAAUUAAGAAAAAAUGGACAUUUCUCAUGGGAGCACUGUUCCUCAGGAGUAUGACAAGCAGAACAGAACUUCUGAACUGACCUUGCAAAGAAGAGACUAUGCCAUUCCUGAUGAAGAAAAAGAAACUGUGUGUGACAGAAGUCCUGAUAGUAAUAUAGAUAGAGUAGAUGAGGUACAGGGGACAGACGGGAGUGAAUCUCCGCCAUGGAUAGAAGCAGUGCUGGAUGAAAACCCUGUAGUCAUUGAGGAAACCAUGGUUGGAGAAGGUGGGUGUCAUAAUCGUGAAGUUGGAAAACUAUCUCCUUUAGAAAAAGAGCAGGUUAGGUUUCCUGGGACUGAGGUAGAUGAAGGAUAUGCACGUAUCAAGGAGGAACCAGUAGCUGUGACAAGAGAGCUUUUCCAUUGCAUUGCCUGUGACCAAAAGUUUCGUUUCAAGUCUGGACUGAAGCGACAUUUUGCUCGGCAUACCGGACUUAAGCCAUAUGAGUGUAAGUUCUGUGGCAAGUGCUUCAAACAUACCUUUAACCUGGCCAGCCACAUCAGAAUUCACACUGGUGAAAGACCUUACAAGUGUACCUUGUGCAAAAAAGGAUUUCGUGACUCAACAGGCCUUCUGCAUCACCGAGUUGUCCAUACCGGUGAAAAACUUUUCAAGUGUGAGAUCUGCGAAAAUAGAUUCUCCUUGCGUAGUAACUUAAGGCGCCAUUUGAGGAAACUGCACCAAAUUGGGGUCAAGAAGUCUCCUGUAUCACAGAAUGCUGAAGAACAAACAGAGAGCCAAGAGCCUUUGCAUAAUUGUAAUGUAUGUGAUGAGAGUUUUGAUAGUCAUGAAGGACUAAGGAAACACUAUCGCAGUCAUGUGAGGGAAAAGCCCUUUGAGUGCCCUAACUGUGAGAAGGAAUUCAACAGUGCUUCACUUUUGGAGAGGCACAAGAUGACUCACACUGCCUUUCAGUGCGCUGUAUGCACUGAGAACUUCACGACAGCUGUGGACCUUGCAGCCCACAGAACAGUGCAUGAGAACAGUGGUUCUAAAAGGCAUGCUUCCAGCUCCCAUGAAAAGCAUCUCAACAGUGCCAAGCAGAAUACUUCAGGAGCUGAAGUUAAAAAGGAGGAAGAUGGGCUAGUAAGUGGGAAAUUCCAUUCACAGCAUUCCACCCAAAAACAGACUUCAGGCAGCAGAGAUGUAAUUCAGGUACUGUAUAGUCCAUGUUCUGCAGAUAUCAAAAAAGGCGAACUCCUGUAUCAGUGCAGUGAAUGCAACAUGGGCUUUGAAGAUUCUGAUCUCCUCAUGAAACAUUUUGCUGUCCACAGUGGUGACAAACCCUUCCAGUGUGAAGAGUGUGGCAAAAGCUUCAGGACUGUGUACCAUCUUGAAGGACAUUGUCAGAGCCAUGUAACAGGGACAGACUUUCACAGUGCUGCUUUUGGACAGUGGGGUACUAUUCCCAAACAGGUGGCAUUAUGUGACUUCAGCCCUACUGUAACUAAUCAAGAGGUGGAUGAGGAACCCCCUAAACCUGGUAGAAAGAGGCCAUAUCCAUGUCCUGAGUGUGAUAAACGCUUCCGCAACCCACGUCAGUUGGAACGGCACUUACUUGUCCAUACAGGUGAAAGACCUUUCAAAUGUACUGACUGUGGCAAGUGUUUCAAACAAGAAUCCUACCUAAAGUACCACAAACUGCUUCACAAAGAAGAGAGGCCUUUCCAGUGCACAGUCUGCCAGAAGGGCUUUGUCACGACUCGCAGCCUUUCAAAGCACAUGGAAACUCACAUAGCAAAGGUGUAACAGCUUGGAAAGUGUGGCAUGUAUUGCAGGUUUUGAGACUGUACUUAUCCAGUUCCUAAAUGAGUCAGGAUCUGUAAAAGGCCUUGCAUCAUACAACAUGUAUGUGGUGGUGGAUGGGACAGAAGACCUAAGUUUUUGCUAGUCUGUUCCAUUUUCCAGGGAGAAUUGGGUUUUAUGUUAUUGUACAUUUGUGGCUUGGUCAUUACCAUGUUGAUAGUUUAUUUCAUCUAUGUACACAAAUAUAGAUAUAUAUAUAUAUAUAUAUAUAUAUAUAUAUAUAUAUAUAUAUAUAUAUAUAUAUAUAUAUAUCUGUAUUUUUUUCCCUUAGUUUGUCAUACUAGUUCUGGCCAGAUGUAAUUUGCUUGUUUUCUGUUUUAACUCCGUUAUUCUAAAGGCUAUUUCUUCAUUUUCAACGUGCAAGUUAUUUUUCAUUUUUAGAUCAGUAUUGAUAAAGGCCUUCAACAUUUAAAGAUCA